GUACCGAGAUAAUCAAUUGAAACAUGAAACAGUCGUAUGGUGGUAACCUGUCUGUAUGAAAAAAUGGCGGCUUCGGUGGACAGUUUGAAACAGCAGCAGUUUGCCAAAAGUGCCUUCGGAAUUCCUUUGAAGUCCAGCACAUUUUCUCGUAUCCAGCCGCCAGCUCUUCAUAGGAUUAGUUACUUGACCGGUGGCCUUGCAGAGCUUUAUGAACACAUUCAGAAUCCCAAUGAGGAAUAUAACCCAAAUGCAGUGGAAGCAUCCUGUAUCACCGAUGAGAAAGGCGCAUUCUGUCCUACUAAACAAGUGCCUCUACUCGCCAAACGAUAUCAUUUCAUUAGGAUUCUUGGCAAAGGCUGCUCAGCCACACUCAUUGAAGCUGUGGACACAUUCAGACCAGACAGUCACCAUGUGGCCAUCAAAGUACUCAAUGAGGAAUAUUAUGCCUUGGGAUAUCAGGAAAGUAACAAUGUGGAAAGACUAAACUGUGCAGAUCCUCAGGACUUUUCUGGAACAGUGCGACUCUUGAAUAAAUUUACAUUUGGAAAUCACUUCUGUCUCGUCUUUGAGUUGCUUCAUCCCAAGCCACUGCACCAGUAUUUCAAGCCAAUCUCCCAGGGACCGAAGUGCACUUGCAGACACCGAUUUAUCGCUGAAAAUGAGAAAAACUUUUCAGAGACCCCAAAAAUCUUUAAGAAGCCUGCGAGGGAUGUUGUCCUGUCGCUGAAUGCAUCUUCAGAGGGAAUUAGUUCAGUACAAUCUAAUAAGUCUCAAAUGGAGCGAGUGUGAUGAUUAAACUUUUAGGGGAGCUGUUCAGCAGAUUGGAAAGGCACUCUAGCAGUAAUAACAUUACUCUGCUUGACUGCAUGUUAUAUUACUACCUGUCCGAGCCACCCCAAUCCACAAGACAGAAGACGUUUCAAAUUACACCGACCUGAAACGGGCCGCCAAAGAGGCAAUUUCCCUGAUUUGCUCCGCGCAAGCGAGCGCCGUGUACUUUACCUCGUCCGAGCGCGUUCGGCUAUCAGGCUAACUAAAUGACUCUUUGUGUUCAAUUUCCAUCAAGCAAGGUAGGAGGACAGACAAACAAAGAAGAAGAUUCCUCACUUGUAGUAUUAGAAUGGACAUGGGGAAGAAGGCCCCGUAGCUAAGAGGUAUCAGUUUACAUAGUCGUUUCUAAACAAAAAGAAGAAAAUUUAAUUUUUUUUUUUUGUUUUUUUUCUCUGGGUGCUUUUUGUUAUUUCAUGAUGUCGCUCAAAGAGAUAAGUUUUUUUUUUCGGGGCUGUUUUGGUUUUUGAUUGAUUACAAAGUUGGGGAGAUUGUCACGUUCAGCAAUUGUCAGGAGGUCACGGUGAUACAAACUGCUUAAUGAAAUUGGAUGGAAACCGGCUCCGGGGGCAAAGAGAGAGAGAGAGAGAGAGAGAGAGAGAGAGAGAGAGAGAGAGAGAGUCGGUUUUCAUUUAGUCAAAGAAUUAAAAAGUCAAUUGAUCAUAUUUAGGCAUCAAAUGUGUAGUCUUAAGUCUUUGAAUUUAAUGUUGGUUUAGUUCAUACAUUGAACAAUAAAUUCUUUCUGAAUGCUGUGGUUGAGAGCUCUGCAAAAUAUUGUAUGUAGUGAGUUAGGAAUAACUGAAGAAGUUUUAUUUAAGCAAGCCGACUGGUAAGAGGAAUGUCAGUUCUUACCUUCAGCUCCACUGAGUUUCUGCAUGUUUAUGUUUUCUUCCUUGUAGCCUUGAAC